UUUUUAGCAUUCAUUUAAAGCUUCUGUGGGCCGCUUUGAUUCAAAAGCAGAAUACUGGCUUUCUCAGAGCAUGAGCAGAAGUGACUUAACACCACAAACAAAAUGCUGCGUGUAACUUCAGCUCUUUUUCUAGCACUUCUGCAUUGUUGCAAUGCCCAAACCAAAACCAGCCAGGUCGCUGCACCUACGGACUGUGAGGCCAUUGAGACAGACGCAGGAAUGGCGCUGGAUCUGGUGAACAGACAUCGCCAGGACGGCUACGUGUUCGGCCUGUUCCGAGUUGCUGAUGCACACAGACUGCACACGGAAAAUUCAUCAGUCCUUUACUUAACUUUGGAUGUGCUGGAAACUGAAUGCUCCGUGUUAUCUGGAAGACCCUGGGAGACUUGUGAAUAUGGUGAUCUCUAUUCCAUGGACUUUGGGCAAUGUAAGAUUAUCACAUAUACGAGCUCGAUGCUGAAGAAACCUAAAUUAUAUGGAUAUAAUUGUACAUUAAGUCCAGUUCCUCCCGAUUUAAUAGAGUGCAAAGAUUGUCCUGUAAAAGUUGAAGUCUUAGAAGUCACUGAGGAACAUAAAGAUCUUGCUGCAAAGCUCCUGGAAAAAUUCAACCGUGAGGGUAACCACACAAACUACUUCAAAGUCAACAAAGUUGAGAAGAUUCUAAAGGCGACUGCCUCCCGUGAAGCUCACAUUUUAGGAUUCUCUAUAAAAGAGACCAAAUGUUCCAGAGGAGAACAGCAACAAGCAGAUGAGCCACUGGAAUGUGAAUUUCUGGAUGACUGGCAUGCUCACACAGGAUUCUGCAAGGCAAGAACUGUUAGUGAUCCAGAGGAACCCAAUGGAAUAGAAAUAAACUGUGAACUCUAUCGUCCCUGGCAACGAUAUUAUGGACAAAGAUGCAGAUCUCCAGCGCCAGGUUGGCCACACAAGCAUCCCCAUCAUCACAGACAUCGUCACAGGCAUAGAGGUCCACCGACCUUUCAGUUCAAACCUGAAGACUCUGAGCAUAACCAUGAUUUCAACAAAGAUCAUCAAGGCAACCACAAAGAACCUCCUCCUCCCUGCCAUGGUAGACAUCACCACCCUCCCCCUCCACACCACGGUCUGGCUCCUUCCCAGGAGGAACCAGAGCACCCCUCUUCCACUCCUCCUCUCUAUGACAAACAACACAGUCCUCCUCUUAUUCAAGAGAAAUCUGAUUUUCGCCCUUUUACUCCUCCUCCCUAUGAUGAGCAAAAUAGCCCUCCUCCUCCUCCCCAUCAUGGGCCACACUGCCCUCCUCCUCAUGGACAUCACCACUCACGCCGUCCUCCCCAUCAUGGGCCACACUGCCCUCCUCCUCAUGGACAUCACCACCCACACCAUCCUCCCCAUCAUGGGCCACGCUGUCCUCCUCCUCACAGACAUCACCAUCCACCUCCUCCUCCCCAGGAGGAACCAGAAAACCCCUCUUCUGGUCCUCUUAUUCAAGAGAAAUCUGAUUUUCCCCCUUCUACUCCUCCCUAUGAUGAAGAACAUAAUCCUCCCCCUCCUCCCCAUCAUGGACCACACUGCCCUCCUCCUCAUGGACAUCAUCACCCACCUCCUCCUCCCCAUCAUGGGCCACACUGCCCUCCUCCUCAUGGACAUCACCACCCACCUCCUCCUCCCCAGGAGGAACCAGAAAACCCCUCUUCCACUCCUCCUCUCUAUGGCAAACAACACAGUCCUCCUCUUAUUCAAGAGAAAUCUGAUUUUCGCCCUUUUACUCCUCCUCCCUAUGAUGAGCAAAAUAGCCCUCCUCCUCCUCCCCAUCAUGGGCCACACUACCCUCCUCCUCAUGGACAUCAUCACCCACACCAUCCUCCCCAUCAUGGGCCACACUGCCCUCCUCCUCAUGGACAUCAUCACCCACACCAUCCUCCCCAUCAUGGGCCACACUGCCCUCCUCCUCAUGGACAUCAUCACCCACACCAUCCUCCCCAUCAUGGGCCACACUGCCCUCCUCCUCCCCCUCCCCCUCCCGGACACCAUCCUUACCUCUAUCAUCACUAUCACAAGCAUCAUUGCAACAAGACACGCACAUCUGGAAGCUACUUUCCAUUCCAAGUAACUGGAUCUGUCUAUCGCAUUCCAGUUCUAAAUAUGCAAGAUUCUCUCACACCUCCCAGUGCAAAAUUUCCUGAGUUAUCACUUCUUGGCCCUCAAAGUGCUGGCACUGAUGAAGAUACUCCCUUCACUGACUCAAGUCUAAGGGAGAUGCCAGAAGCUCCACAUUUUCCAGAUCACCCUUCACAAUCAAAGUCAUGCCCAGGAAAACCUAAACUUGAUCUUCCAAAGAUUUUGCCUUUACUUCCACAUAAGUCCAUGGCAGAAAGUCUUGAAUGACCCCUGAGAAAGAUAUUCCUGACUUGAGGGUUGCAGGGCAUAUGACCAAUGCACAGUGAAUGAUAAAAGCAUAUGGUAAAGGGGGAAAAGCACACAAUUUCCAGGGAGGAGAAACACCGACAUUACUGAUUAAGGCGAGUAUUCCAGAUUGUUUCUUGAUCCCAGCUAUCUCAGACUCCACUAUAACUGAAAGAAAAAUUCAAAAGUUUGAGUCUCUCAAAUAAUGUGACUGGGUAGAAAUCUCAAUCAGUUCAACUGAAAAGGAAAAUUCCCCAACAGUGAAAACUACAAAUCUUCAUUUUCUCAUAGUUCUUAACUGUAAUGCACUUCUCUGAGCAACUAUAAUCAUCUUCCAUAAAAAAAAAAAAAAAGAUCCAUGGCACUACAUUGCACUUCAUAAAAAUCCAAAGAAAAUAAAAUCAUGUAAUCAUUUCUUUCUUGA